AUGUCCAACGAAACAAUUGUCAUAAUUGGCGCCGGAGUCCUAGGCCUCUCCACAGCCCUCCACCUACAAGAAACCCUCACGCCGCGCCCAAACCUCCUCAUAAUAGCGCAGUACGCGCCCGGCGAUGAGUCCAUCGACUACGCAACGCCCUGGUCAGGCGCGCACUACCGGCCCAUCCCCGACAGCUCGCCACAAGGCCUCUUCGAAGCCUCACUAGCCGAGAAGACCUAUGCGCAUUUCAAAACAUACGCGCUCACGUACCCGGAAGCGGGCAUACGGUUCAUGCCCGGCGUCGAAAUGCUAGAGUCCCCACCUGCAGCAUACCUGAACCUGGACGGGCGCUACAGCGCGAUCGACGAUUUCCGGGUCCUGGGCAAAGAGGAGUUGGCCGCGGGCGCGGAGUGGGGAGCUAGUUAUACGACGUAUUGCGUUAACACGCCCGUCUAUAUAGCACAUCUUCUGCGUCGCUAUCUCCUGAACGGCGGGCUGAUUGUCAAGAAGCGCGUGGCUGGUAUCGAAGACGCGUUUGCGGUCGCGGGGGCACGUGAUGGUAGUGGUCCUGUACGGACAGUGGUCAAUUGCUCAGGGACCGCGAUGGGGUUAGUAAAGGAUCCGAAAUGCUUCGUCACGCGCGGCCAGACAUGUCUCGUGACCAACGCGGCGCCCGCGCCAUCCACGCAAACGCGGCAGAAUAGCGACGGGACGUGGACGUUUGUGAUCCCGCGCCCUCUGCACGGGGGCACGAUCAUCGGGGGCACGAAGGAAGAGCGGGAUAUGGAGGACAGGCCGCGGGCGGAGACAAGACGGGUGUUGCUUGAGAAGGCGGCGAAGGCGUUUCCGGAGCUGUUGGAUGCAACGGGUAGGUGGGAGGUUGUGCGAGAUAUCGUGGGCAGGAGACCGUCGAGGGAGGGGGGCAUGAGGGUGGAGAGCGAGGAGGUGGCAAGGGGGAGGACGGUGGUGCAUGCGUAUGGAGCUGGAGGGAGGGGGGUGGAGAUCUCGAGGGGGGUUGCGGAACUGGUGGGGGAGUUGGUGGGAAAGGGGUGGGGAAAGAAGAGUGAGAGAGCUAAGCUGUAG